AUGAAAUGGCCCAUCACUGACAGCGGCUCACUAAUAUAUUCUGUCAUGUAUUUCAUGGGAAUCAAUCUUCCCGAUGGCUCUACAGCCCUGCAGCCUCAAUCAGAGAAUAUAGAGAUGAACGGCAUGUCGGAGAAUAGCAUACUGGCGGAUUUUGACGAAAUACCUCUCGGCCUAGAGCAUAGAUUUAGUAACAGCUCGGGCCUUGAUGCCUUUGCCUCUCACCUGGCAACCACGCAAUCUACAGAGGGAGCCUCAUCUGCUGCCAGGCCUUCCACAGAGCUUACAUUUAUCGAGAAUAGAAUAGCUGGUACAGGGCCGCUGCUUGCCAACCACGACUUCGCCCCAGCCCAAGAUCGCGGGAAUGGUGUCACCGAGUUCACAAAGAGAAGAAACUGGUCACAGCGUAUAUUGGAAGAAAUUCAAGAUUUCCUUCACAUUCUAACGCCUGACGGCAGAAUUAUCUAUAUCUCGCCUAGCGGCGAACAGCUGACGGGCUACACAAAAGACGAACUGAGGGGGAAUUUCAUUGUGGACUAUGUCCAUCCCGAUGAUAGUGGAAUGUUUAUCCGUGAGUUCAAUGAAUCCAUCGCAAGCGGACGCUCCUCCCGCUUCUUUUAUCGUUUUCGGAAAAAGGACGAUGCCUAUGCCAUAUUCGAAUCUCAUGGUCACCCGCACCUGGCCUCUGAUGCUGCAAGUUACGAUCAUGCCGGUAACUUGGGUACCUGUCGUGGAUUCUUCAUGAUGGCUCGGCCUUACCCAACAAAGAACUCGGCACUCUUAGACUCGUUUCUCGAGCACAAGAUUGAGAACCAACGGCUCAUGAAGCGCAUUAAUGACUUACGCAAAGAAGAGGCUGAGGAAGAGAACGAUUUACAUUUAAACUGGCCAAAAAGAUUGGGCCAGUCAAAGAUUCAUUCCGAAAAAUCAGACACCAUCUUCUCAGGUAGCACCGUUGAAAAUCGUCCAAUUAAAUACCCCAAGCCCAUGAGCCCUAAUGGCUUAGCCAUGCCACCGCCCGCAAAAGUAAUUAAUCUCCCCCUAACCCGACAAGCCUUAGAGAAAUCUAAUGCCGGCUUAAAACCCGAUUCAAUAAGAGACAAAAUGGCCCGUUUUGACGGCAUUUCUCACGUCGAAACUAUCGAGAUGAUGACGGGAUUACGAUAUCAUGAUGGGGAAAGAAGCCUAGGCAUAAGCACUGGUGCUCAAAGCCCAGUACUAAUUAAGGGGGAUGCUGGCAUCGUCAUACCAUUCGAUAAAGAGUCUAAGUGUGAAAAGAAAAAAUCCAAGCUACCUGAUGAAUAUGUCUGCACAGAUUGUGGAACCCUUGAUUCCCCAGAAUGGAGGAAAGGACCGAGUGGUCCUAAAACCCUUUGUAAUGCUUGUGGACUCCGUUGGGCUAAGAAGGAAAAAAAGAAACCGACCGUACCUGAUAGUUUGCAAGCUGCGUCAGUGGGAGAACCUACCAAAGGUUGA